UUAGUUGAAAGCUGUUUGGUUCCUGAGAAAAUCGUCCAAGUGAAAACAGCUUCAGAUUUCAGACUGCAGGUUCUUUUAUUUUCUCAGAGAAAGAGAGAGAAAAAACCGAAAAGAACAAAAAUAUACCAUGACAAAUUAGACAUCGCGUCCGUCAAUACUUUCAUUGGAAAAGUGGAGACGCCCUCUUUGUUUCUCUCUCCCCCCCACCCCCACCCACCCAUUUGCGGGUCCUCAAAUUUUGCUCUUUCGGCUUUCCCUUUUGUUUUCUCCAUCUCUUGUAACUCUUGUAAUCUUUCUCAAAAAUUCUGCUGGACACAGGACAGGAGCAGCCCCGAUUGAGCAAUAGCAAUAGAUCUGAAAAAAUGACAUCUGUAUCAACCAAAGAGUGUUCCUAGCACAAGGUUCACUUUCUUUAGUUCAUGUUGAGCAUUUAGACUGGUUUCAGCAAGAUGGAACUCAUGAAUGGAGGCAACAGUCUCAACAACCCUAGUCUGGCAUCAAAGCAACGAUUGCAUUGGAGACAUGAACUUCAUGAACGGUUUGUUGAUGCCGUAGCACAACUUGGUGGACCCGAUAGGGCCACGCCCAAGGGUGUUCUUAGAGUCAUGGGUGUGCAAGGUUUAACAAUAUACCAUGUCAAAAGCCAUCUACAGAAAUACCGACUGGCAAAAUAUGUCCCUGACUCUUCAUCUGAUGGACAAAAAGUUGACAAGAAAGAAACUGGGGACAUACUUUCUGAUUUGGAUGGUUCACCUGGGAUGCAAAUUACUGAAGCACUUAAGUUACAAAUGGAGGUUCAAAAGCGACUUCAUGAGCAAUUGGAGGUGCAGAGACAACUGCAGUUGCGGAUCGACGCCCAGGGGAAGUACUUGAAAAAAAUUAUUGAAGAGCAACGACUCAGUGGAGUUCUCGCUGAAGCUCCUGGCUCAGGGGCCUCAGCCCGAGUAUCAGGUGACACCUGUCCAGAAUCUGACAAAAAGACAAACCCAGCAACCCCUGCCCCAACUUUGGAGUUUCUCCUCCAAGAUAAGGCUGCAAAGGAACGUGCACCCGGGAAAACUAUUUCGUUUGAUAAUCCUUACCAGUCGCACCAUGAACCCUCGACUCCAGAUUCAGGCUGCAACGUUGGUUCACCGGCUGAAAGCCCCAAAGGUGAGAGGUCAUGGAAGAAACAAAGAGUGAGCAAGAGUGCAGCAUAUGCUAAACCAGAGAUGGUGCAUACGCCCCAGAUACUAGAGUCGAGCUCAAGCUCCUCCUACCGGAAACCACACUGUGUGUUUAUGACUAGGGAGCACUUUGAUCCCUCAUCAAGAUUAUCAGUUGGAAAUGAAGAUUACCUGGGGAAAGUGUCAGGCCGUGAUCUGUAAAUUUGUGACGUGCACCUUGUUCUGCCUUUUCAAUAUAGGUACUGAAAAGGAAACAACUUUUCAUCAGGUCUAGUACUACUUAAUUUUACAUAUUUGAGAUACCUCGAGUUCUUUCAGGUUUUGUAAGGCAUUAGUGUUGGACUAAAUGGGAAGAGUACUAACAAGACUGGAUAGCUUGCUUUGAAUCUCUUGCUGUGUGCGCCAAGACCACCUCA